CGAGGCUGAGCUGUCUGGCCCGGGUCGCUCUCCCUCCUCCGCAUCCCCCAAACUAGAAACACUGUACCUAUCGGCGAUAAUCUUCGUAUCCCAUACCUACAUCAUCCUCAGCCUUGUGCGAGCCUGAGCUCGAGUUCACUAGGACCUUCAUCAUCACGAACCAGCCAUAUUGAUCUCCCGGCGCCAUCAUGGAGCAGACUAAAGCGCUGAACGCUCUCGAGCCAUUCCUCGCCCUCACCAAGUCCGCCACCGCACCCCGCGCCGCCGCCGACCUCGUCACCCAGGCCACCUCGCAUCCCCACACCUUUGUGUUCGCCGAGUUGCUGCAGGCCCCGCAGAUCCAGGCCCUCUCCCAGUCGCCCGAGCACGCCCCCUACCUCGCCCUCCUCGAGAUCUUUAGUUUCGGCACCUAUACCACUUACGACCGCGCCCGCGCCGACCUACCCUCGCUUAACGAUGCCCAGCUGCUCAAGCUGCGCCAGCUCUCGCUCCUGACCCUUGCCCGCGACCCCGGCGCCAACCUGACGUACGCCGCGCUGCGGGAGAGCCUCGGCCUCCCGAGCGGCACCGACGACGGCGGCCGCGCCGUCGAGGACCUCGUCAUCAGCGCCGUCUACGCGGGCCUGCUCUCAGCGCAGCUCGACCCGCGCCGCCGCACGGUCUACGUCCCGCGCGUCGCACCCCUCCGGGACCUCGAGCCGAACUCGAUCCCGUCGAUGCUGACGGCGCUGCGCGCCUGGUCCGGCCGCUGCGCCGACACGCUGUCGGACCUCGAGGCCCAGAUCGCGGCGGUGCGGGCGUCGGCUCGCGAGCGCCACGACGAGGCCCGCGCGCGCCAGGAGACGUUUACCCGGCUCGCCGAGGAGCUGAAGCUGGGCGAGCUGUCGCCGUCGGGCGACGGCCUCGGCAUCAGCGGGCCGACGCGGGCGGGCGUCGUCCACAGCCGCCACCAGGCCCGGCUGCUCGACCGCGCCGUGGCCAACCUCGUCGGCACGCAGUCGCGCAACGGCAACAAGCGCGGCAGCGGCAGCCUCGAGCCCGGCAACGACGAGUGCGACGACGAGGCCAUGGACCUCGACGAGGAGGAGCCGGACGACGGGUCCGGCGAGGGCGGCGGCGGCGGCGGAGGGUUUAGCAGCGUGGCCGGGGCUGGGUUCGGAGGCGUGGCGGCGGGGGCGAGCGCGGGAAAGAAGAGGUCAAGUCGUCGGAAGAUUUAGCCGCUCUCCCAAAUUUUAUGUGUGUUGGGACUGAGUGGGCGUAAACGAGUCAAUGGACACUAAAGAGGGGAUUGAUAUUGCUAUGGUCACGAUGCCAGGGGAAAGGGGGAAAAGUAGGAGAUUAGGUAGCAACAAAGAAAGAGGAAUUACGUUGUAAGGAAGUGUGCUUUGGGAAGGACUGCG